GAAGUGAACGUGAAGGUCUGACUUGCGUUAGGUCAGCUGAUCGAUUUAGUAAACAAAUAGUGUUGUUUACUUGAAGAAUUCUAAAAGAUUAAGGUUGCAAGAAUAUUCGUGCUUUAGUUCCAAAUUUGUUUGAAAGUGUUUACAGUGGUGGUGUUUAGCUCAGCGAAGGUUGGAUUAACAAAUUGAGAAGGCGAAUUAAUCAUUCAGCUUCUGGGUGCAACAACACAAUUUUAUCUUCAAGUCAGGCGAUCUCGCCUCUGUUGCUCUCGCGCCCGCCCUGGGCUUCUCUCAUCCUUUGCCAGGUAGACGUGAUGAGAUGAAAUGCCGGCGGUACAGCCCGCCACCGCCAUGUCACAGCGACGCCACAGCAGCGCCUCCUCGGACACCGGCUCCGACCAUGGACUGGCCUCGCCCUCCCGUCACACAUCGCAAGAGAACAUUGCGAUCAUCCCUACCAGAACGACCAAAGUAGUGGCUUCCAAGCCAGCCGCCAAUCCGCUGCAGUUUGUGAAGGUGGGGCCCUGCGACCUCUCCCGCUACGCCCAGGAACAGCUGAAGAAGGCCGAGGAGGUCAAGAAGGUCAAACCUGAGCGCAGGGAUGAAGCCGAGGACUGGCAAUCGAACUUGGAUAACUGGAAAGUUUCACGAAGGAAGCGACAGGAACACAUCAUCGAGCGAGUGGUCGAGGUGAAGAAGUUGGAGUUGGAAGAACAUGAUCGCAACCGACGCAGGAGUAAGACGUUCAAUGAGAUGCUCGAAGAAAGGACCUCCAAAGGACGAAAGACAAGUCUUCCAGUCUACAAAGAUGACGAUAACGAUCUCAGCGAUUUGGGUCUUUCUACACAGAAAAACAGGGAAAAUGGAGAUGACAACGUUUUUGAUGAUUGCAAGAGUACGAGUACCAGCAGGGACAAUCUAUCCAGUACCAGCAGUAGUGUUGCUAACGGGGAGAACGGAAAUUCUGUCAACGGCCACCACGAUGAAGAAUACACAUACGACCGAGCUAUACAGAACUACGUCAACUACACAGAGUCAAGAAUUAGAGGUCGAUCACUCACACCUUCGGAGGAUAACUCCAACUUGUCAAACGGACUGGCAAAGAAGUCAUCACCCCCCGUACCUGCAAAACCGAGAAGAGGGUCUUGUAAAAUAGAAGAAAAACUUACAGAGCUGGAACAGAUUAAGAAAAAGUCAAUGUCAACAAAUGAUCUUUCCGAAAACUCAAGGAAACCACUCAGUCUACCUAAAGUGGAUAUUUCGAAGAGGAAGGAAAUGUUUGAAAAAACUCAAGAUGAAGACAUGUCAAAUUCCAAAACCAGAUUGUCAGGUGAUUUUGGUUCGACCAAAAGCAUCCGGGACAGAGUAACAUCUUUCAGCAAGGCAUCUGAAGAUUCACAAGCCAACAAGAAACUUAAUAGGAUAUCUGGAGAGAUAUCUGUGAAAGAUAGGCUGUCCAGCAUUGAAAGACAAAACAGCACAGAACAAAACAGUACGUCACCAAAGUCAAAUUCAGCCGUGAACGGCACACCAAUCACACAAUCAGUGAAAGACCGGCUGUCCUCACUUCAGAAAUCGUCAGUGAACCAAGCAAAACCUGCGACAGUCCAGAGUCAAGUGACAAAAGAAAAACUCAAAGUAAAAGAAGAACCGAUCACAAAAACAGUUAAAAAAGAUGAUUUGGUUAGCAAUAGUGAAAACAAUCAAAUUAACAGGGUUAAAGAAAACAACAGCAAAAAUAUUAAUCAUAGUUACACAAAUGGUACCACAAAAGAAGACGAAGUUAGUGACAAUAUGGAAGAAAAAUCUACAAGCAGUCCUUCAGACGAAAUGUACGAGUCAAAGCGGCAACAGCACUACAGGCACAGAUCAUUGGAUAGUCUGGAUGUAGACUCUAAUGACGGUGUAGGAAACGAGUCGUUUGAAAGGGUUCAAAGCCUGGAAGAUUUGGACUAUUGCCGAAACUAUCCUCCGAGCUCUGUGAGUGGUGACACUGACAGAGAAGACAGCGGCAUCCACACAGCAGACGUCUCUAGCUCUGUGAGUCAGGCGGACGAUUGUGACUUGCACCUUGACGGGGAGUUCCACCAACAACCGACCAUUCUCGAGGAAAUCAACAAAAACUCUGAGCUGACAUCAUCUCUUAUCGUGAAACAAAUAAGCCAGAUGAAUGUAAGUGGCCCAGUAGUUGAGAUCCCGGAUGACGUAGUGGCCGGAUCGGAGGUUGUGGAGAAUUCUUCAUGUUUCUUGAAACUUCCUCUCAAGCUUGACUGUGAUAUGCUCCCGGUAAUCCUAGAAAGUCCCUCUGAACCAAUCCCACCCGUCGGCUUUGCCGAACUUUUCGCUUCUGACGCCUCUGCUUCUUUAAAAACUUUAUCUAGUCAUAAUCUCCCUCCUAGUCUACCUAACGUUACCGAUAGUGUCGAAAGUGAUAACAUUUCAGUUGAAAAAAGUGUAAAUAUAAAUUGUAAGCCUGAAAAACAACAUAAAACAACUCUUGCUGGUGAAGGUGUGACUUCAACUGCUAACUGUGUAUCUGUAAAUAAAUCUGCGAACUCUAUUCCUCUCAAUCUUUCUGCUGCGGAGGUUGUGCAUGAUAGCCAAACUGGCGACAUUGAGAUCUCUCACAAAGUGGAGCUCGAUGGAACAACUACUCCGCAGACCAAACCAUUUGUGUCUGUUGAAUCAGAAAUUGUCCGUGAACCUGCAAAGAAGUUUGAGGGGAUAGUGUCGGAGGGGGGCCACCACUUGACUGCCCUCUCUGUGGACAUCGGAGACAAACAGACUCUCAUGGCCACAGACAGCAUGGCCGUCUUCUCACAAACUGACUCCAAGCUGAUCGAAGACAUUGAGGUGGUGUUCCCUCUCAGUCCCUCGACGUUGGAACCUCCAAAAGAAAAGCCCCCACCUCCUCCCAUGGAAACUAGUGAUGAUGACGAUCAAAACACUACAAAUAUUGACAAACCCGUAUUGUUGAGGAGGUUGGAUUCGACGAAGCGAAUAAAGAAGGAGAUUCGCCAGAAACGAUCUUCCUUCCUGGGAAUUGAAGGCUCUAAUGAUGACAAUUACCUUGAACCAGAGUUGGAACUGGUCCGUCGUCCGCCGGACAUCAGCAGUUUCCUGGCUGAGGAGAAGCGGCUGGAGCAGCAGCUGUUGUAUCGGCAGAGCAUCUGCAGCGAGAGUGAGAGCAGAGACUCUGGUGUGGAGUUGGAGAAACACAAUGACGACCUCACCUGGACCACAAUGCAUCACAGCAGGGACAACAGUGAGACGUAUGCAAACCUAAGCACUACAUCUGAAGAGGAAGAGAUUGUCAAGAAAGAGAGAGAAAUACUCGAGAUGUUGGAGAGAGAAGAGAUCAACAGAUACAACUCUACAAGUCAGGAGCAAGACAAUAUUGGUGAGAAGCUGGCGGUGCGCCUGAGGGAGCUGGAGGCGGAGAAGUCGCGCCUGGAGUGGGAGAGAGAGGAAGAGAGUCGAAGACGCCUAGCGGAGGAGGCAGCCAGACAACAACACCAGAGUCGCAUACAGGCGCGUGAACUACAGCUGUGCAAACAGGAGCAAGCACAGGAUGUACAAGAGUUGGACUUAAAUACGGAGAUGCUAAUUGCUGAGAGGAAGCGGUUGGAGGCAGAGCAAGCGUCACUGGCUCGUCAGCGGGACCUGAUGUUGCAACAGUACAACCACAACCAUAACCGGUCUCUCACCGACGUCAGAGUGUUGGAGACCGGUUACGCCGGGGACUACCGGCGCUCCAUGACAGACCUGCGUGCGCCGGAUCAGGUAGUGUCGACCUACAGACCUCCGCAGAUACCUGAGACACCGUGUGACAACCGACGCUCCAUGCCUGAUCUGGCAGCUAGACGACCUCCCCCACCCAUCCCUCCUGCCAAGCCUCUUAUCAUUCCUCGCACUCAGGAUAAGAGGAUGUCCAGCCCACAGCAGAUGACACGACAGACAUUACAAGCUCUAGCGGCCGCUCCCAAGUCUCGGCUCAGUGACAACUGGCUGCAACAACCUCGCCGCAACCCCAAGCCCAACAACUACCAGCACUGGCUAGUACAGGAGGCUGAACAGAGGAGGAUAACGGAGAUGCACCAGCGCCAGGCCCCGCCUCCCCGGCGCCCUGUUCCUCCUCCACCUCCUCAGCAGCAGUGGGCGGGGGGCAGCCCUCAGUACACCAACUGGCAGCCACCCCAGCCUAGACAAGACAAACCUCUGCCUGACGCCAUCAUACAGAGUCUAACACAGCGAGUGCAGAACAGACUGGGCGACCCUAACAACAACAGGCGCAGGAUGGAAGUAGUGCCUCCGCCAGCUCCAGUUGUUGAGUCAAGAAAUCACAACCACACAGUCGUAGAGUCUCGUAACCACAACCACACGGUUGUAGAUUCUCGCAACCAAAACCACAACCACACGGCUGCGGCAGAGAGUCAAGAGAAGAUGCUGAGUGUGAGCGGCAAGAAGAAGUGUUCUCACUGCGGCGAGGAGCUUGGCAGAGGAGCAGCAAUGAUAAUCGAGAGUCUGCGUCUGUUCUACCACAUCGACUGCUUCAAGUGCUGCGUUUGCUGCGUCCAGCUAGGCGACGGGCUGAUGGGGACUGAUGUGCGUGUGCGCAACAACAAACUGCACUGCCACAACUGUUACUCCAGUGAUGACGGUGUUAAAUUCAGUUGCGUUUGAACAACAACAUCGUUUCUGGAUGAUUGCAGCUGAAGAAAGUUGUAGAAGCGACAUCUACAUCAAGUUUCUGUAGUCCUGAGGAAUAUUUGUGUUUAUAAUGCCAUGGGGUACUACAGAAAUUCAGUUAAACUGAUUUCCACUUUAACAUAAACGAAUCAUAAAUUAUGAUUAUGGCUAUGGAGUGGAAGGUGUCAUAAUUUUGAGACAUGUGACAAAACUGUUCAUCUGGUUUGCAAACCAAAUUCAAAUAGUAUAAACACACACACUACCAACACUGGAUGGUUUGAAAUAAAUUACCUACACAGUUGCCUGGGUUUGGUCUUGUUCAGUGCGACAAAUAUGUGGACAAAACAUGUGGUGCUGGUGUAAUGGACAAUGUGGGGUCGGUUUUCCGUUGAUGGUUUAUUUCAAAUAUUGUUGUUAGUCAUAGGUAACUCUAUGUUACCAAUACCUUAUUAUAUAUUCACAUUACACAUAAUGAGCUACCUCACUUUAAAGUUGUAGCUUUCAUAUAGCUUAAAUGUAAAUCGUGCAUACUCAGCAAGUUUGAUGGAUUCAGCUUUCUGUUCAGUGUUAAAACAGUUGUGAUAAUGUAGUGAAACAUUCAAUAUUGUAAAAUGUUACUUAGAUAUUUUCCGCUAUAGUAUGAUAUUUUAUUGUAUAAUGAUCCAUGUUAUAGUAGUUGUCUAGGAUAAAAAGUCUUCCAAUACAAGAAUUUUUCUGCUGAUUAGCAUUAAAACUUACAUGCUGUUUGUUUACUGUGAUGCUGCACCGUCGAAACAAAAUCAUCACAGCUAUUAUACCUCCUUUCACCUUAUUAGACAAAGGAAUUUUUCCACAAAAAAGUACCUUUUGACGUGUUAAUAGUGUAUAAAAUGUAGUUUAUAUAUUUAUAAUUUGUACAUUCAAUGUAUUUAUAAGUUUAAGAACUUGUAAAAAGAAUAUAUUGUAAAUAUGUGAAAACAAAGAUGUAGAAUGAAUAUAAUUUAUACGCAGUUUGAUAUAUAUGUAUAAAAGAACAAAUCAAAGGAUAACAUAACUUGGUAGUUACGAUUUGUUAUGUAGAUUGCAUCCGUACCAUCUUUUAGUACACGGAUAACGUUUUGGUUAAGGCUUUACUGUGUUUAUACUUUGGCAUGUAUAGUUUUAAUUAGUAUGAUUGACGUUGUACUUUUGUAUGUAUUCGAUGACAUAAUGAAUAAUUAAUAUAAUUAUGUUUAAAGGA